AGUAGAUUAGAAGUGAACCAAGACAAAAAUGUUGUCGUAAAGUAAAACAUGUGUAAUAUAGUUGGAGAAAAUAUGGAUUUGAAAUUAUCCAACAAAAAAAAUUCAGAUGAAACGAGUGCGUUUUUACAAAACGGCAAUACUGAAAGAUUUACAGUGUCUCAACAAAUAAGUGUGAACUUGAAAGAAACAACGUGCGGUGUUUGGUGUUUUAAAGGAGACUUUUUGCAAAAGUUCGCCAAUAAGAAAGCUUACGUUAUACUUUACGGGCUGUUGGGGUGCAUGUUUUCAGCUUCUUUUGCCUAUUUUAAUGGUACCAUUACGACGUUGGAGAAAAGAUUUAGGAUACCCAGUAGAACAACAGGUAUAAUCUCAGUAGGAAAUGACUUAAGUCAACUACUAAUGUCGGUAAUCCUAAGCUAUUACACCGGAAGAGGACACAGACCAAGAUGGAUGGCCUUAGGCAUGUACACUGUAGUUUUAUUCUGCAUUAUGACAGCCUUACCACAUUUCCUUUACGGCCCCGGCAUCGACGCUCUGGCUCUUACCAGAGAACAUGCUACCAACGAUAAUGCUUCUAUAGAAUUUUUGUUGGAGGAACAAAAAAGGUUUUUGUGUAGCAAUGAAACUACGAGGAAAAUUUCCGAGUGCGAAUUGGAAGGCGGAAGUUACGCGCCUCAAUUGAUUUUGUUUAGCGCUCAGUUUAUUUCCGGUAUUGGAGGAUCUUUGUAUUAUACUUUGGGAGUUUCUUAUAUGGAUGAUAAUAUUAAAAGAUCGAAAACUCCAGCAUUAUUUAGCUUUUCCUAUUUCAUAAGAAUGUUAGGCCCAGCUAUAGGACAUGGCCUAGCAUCAAUUUGCCUGAAACUGUACAUUUCUCCAGGAUUAACACCCACCAUUGACACUAAAGAUCCCAGAUGGUUGGGAGCCUGGUGGUUGGGUUGGUUGAUCCUAGCAUUUAUUCUUUUCGUAUUUGCGUCAUUAUUAGCACUAUUCCCUAAAACAUUACCUAGAGCAGCUGUUAGGAAAGAAAUCAAAAGACAGGCUUCUAGAGUGUCUAAUAAGCCUAUGGACGAAGAACCACCUUUACCUUCAUUUAAAGAUAUGAUUGUAACAUUUAGAAGACUAGCUUCAAAUAGAACAUUAAUGCUUAACAACUUUGCAGCAGUUUUCUAUUUCCUAGGCUACAUGCCCUAUUGGAUAUUUUUACCAAAAUACAUCGAAACCCAAUAUAGGCAAUCGGCUUCAGCUUCCAGUCUUAUUACAGGUAGUGCAGGGCUGGUUUUUUCAGCAGUCGGAAUUCUACUUUCUGGACUGGUAAUUUCAAAAUUUAGACCCAGAGCCAGAUAUCUGGCUGCUUGGAACGUUUUGGUAGGUGCUGUAUCUGUCAUGGGAAUAAUUUCUUAUGCCUACUUGGGAUGUACUGAUAAUGAUAAUAGAGCGCCACUUUUGCCUAAUGGAGAAUUGAAUCCAAUAUCCGAUUGUAACUCAAACUGCCAUUGCGGCUACAUUAAAUACAAUCCAGUCUGUUCUUCAGAUGGUAGAACUUUUAUUUCCGCCUGCCAUGCCGGAUGUAAAAAAGUUGUAAAUCUAAAUGGGACUGAUGUCCAUAGUGAUUGCUCUUGUAUCAAGAGCGAAAAUAAUCCAAAUAAAGCUACAGAUAGGCUGGAGAAUUUUGUAAUGCCUGGAAGUUGCUCGGUGGAUUGCUACUCGCAAUUCUAUAUGUUUUUGUGCGUAGUUUGUUUGCUCAAGUUUAGCGGAGCUACUGGAAGGGCUUCGAAUUUUUUGGUAACUGUAAGAUGUGUAGAAGAAAAAGACAAAUCUGUAGCUAUGGGAUUUGGACUGAUGUUGAUGAGCCUAUGUGCAUUUGUACCUUCUCCAAUAUUGUUCGGAAUUAUUAUGGAUAAAGCAUGUUUAGUCUGGGGUAAAACAUGUAACGGAAAUGGAAAUUGUUGGUUAUACAAUGGAGAAACUCUCAGGUAUACUGUAAACUUUACUGCAGCAGCUUUUGUAUUAGUCGGUACAGUAUUCGAUGCUGCAGUUUGUUAUUACGUGAAAGACUUGCAGAUUUUCGAUGAAGAAAUUGAAUUGGAAGAAGAGGAAAUGAAUAAUAGUUCAAUAAAGUGAUGAUUUU